AUUGAAGUAGAACUGGUACAUUGUUAUUUGAGCAAAAUGUUAUCAAAGUAUGUUUAUAGAAUUGAUCAUGUUAUAUUUCACACAGGCGCCGGCACGGAGCAGCGCCUGUGUGAUCAGUGAGGUAGCAUGGCGGCGCAGAUGGCGGUAAACUCAGGUGCCAGUCUGUGGGGGCCGCUGAAGGAGUUGUGGGAGACAGUGGACGGGGCGGUGUUGAGGAGACAGCCAGAGAGCGUCCACCUCCUGGACCUGCAGCUGAAGAAACAUAAACCGCACUUUCUCUCACUCUAUAAGAACCCGCCAAAGAGUGCAGAGCAGAGAGAGAAGGUGCGUAAAGCCAGCACAGAAGGCAUCGCCAUCCAAGGUCAGCAGGGGUCACGGCUCCUUCCAGAGCAGCUUCUCUCAGAGGCCUUCAUCCUCAGCGAUUUGUUUGAUAUUGGAGAGUUAGCAGCCUUGGAGCUUCUGUUAGCAGGUGAACAACAGCAGCCCCAUUUUCCAGGUCUGACACGAGGUUUAGUAGCUGUGCUGCUCUACUGGGAUGGAAAGCUUUGUGUGGCCAACUCCCUGCGCACACUCAUCCAGUCACGCCACGGCAAGACCUUCACUCUGGACCUGAGUGGAGAGCUGGUGGCUUUGACGACACGUUUUACAGAUGAACUAAUGAGCCAGGGUUUGACCAAACGUGUCCUAACCUUGAUGUCAGAGAUAAAUGUGACGCGUGAGUUUGAGCGGCUGCAGAAGGAGCGUGGCCUGGGCAAUGAGAAGCACAGGAAAGAGGUCUCUGAUCUCAUUAAAGAAUGCCGACAGGCCCUGGCAGACAGCCUGUUUUCAUGGACCUGCCAGUCUCCUUUGUCUAAAGAUGACACCCUGGCUCUUAUUGGCCACCUGGAGACAGUGACAGCUCAAGCUGAUGGCUCAUUGGACAGUGUGAACCUGGCUCUGGUCAUGGCACUACUCUACUGCUUGGAUGUCAGCUUCGUAGAACAGGGAACAGAAGAUAGAGACGAUCUGAUCCAGGCACUGCCGUUGCUGACUGAGAGGCAGUAUGUGUCUGCAGUGCACAGCCGUCUGAUGGACGGCCAGCCGUGGAAGCUUUCAGGUCUGCAGGCUGUGUGUCGACUGGCCUGGGCUCUGUCUCUGAGGGUCCUUUCUCAGCUACCGCAGGGAUGUGCGCUGGUUGAGUUCACUGAGGCAGACGAGGCUCUGGCUGACCAGGCUCUACUGGGAGAUGUCUUCCUGUUUAUGAAGGAGGGCAUCCUGGGAUGUGAGAGUUUUGCCCAGGAAGAGUUUUACAUCCGCCGCCUCCAUUCACUCAUCACAGACUUCCUGGCACUCAUGCCAAUGAAGGUGAAACAACUUCGUAACCGCGCUGAUGAAGAUGCCCGUCUGGUGCACAUGUCCCUACAGAUGGACAGCGAGCUUCCAUCAUCGCUACGCAAGGACUUAGACCACCUCAUGAUCCUCAUAGGAGAGUUUUAUAGUAAGGACUCAUUUGGGCUGGAAUUGGGUCUGGAGUUCUGGUGUCCCACAGAGUCUCUCCAACACACAUCCCUGCAGGGAUCCUACCUGGGAAUGGCUCUGCAAAGGCCGCCACAUAAACAGGUGGUUCUGUCCAAGUUUGUGCGUCAGAUGGGAGACCUCCUGCCCUCCACCCUCUACAUCUCCUAUCUACGUAUGCUGAAAGGGCUCGCCAAUGGUCCUCAGUGUGCCCACUACUCCUUCAGCCUGCUUAAAACCAACGGAGCCACACACAGUGACAACAUCCAGGGAGUUUCAGGCAGCCCGGUGUCUUGGGAACAUUUUUUUCACUCCCUUAUGCUCUACCAUGAGAACCUGCGGCGAGACUUUCCAAAUCCAGACGCAUCACAGUACCGCCACCCACCUCUGAGGGGCAUCACCCAAAGAGAGCUGGAUGGACUCACCUCAUUCCUGCAGUUGCUCACCACCAUCAUUACAUGGAGUGAAAAUGCUCGACUGGCAUUGUGUGAGCAUCCCCAGUGGACCCCAGUUGUAGUGAUGUUAGGGUUGCUGCAGUGCAGCGUUCCUCCCGUCCUGAAGGCUGAGGUCCUGCACUGCCUGGCAGCCUUUGGGAAGUCUCCAGAGAUCGCUGCUUCACUCUGGCAGUCAUUGGAGUACACACAGAUCCUUCAGACAGUGCGAGCCCCAGGACAGAGGCAGGCAGCUGGAAUUGAAGUGGAGCUGAAUGAGAUCGAGUCGAGCUGUGAGGAGUAUCCCCUGACACGAGGCUUCUGUCAUCUGAUCAGCACAUUGGUCGAGAGCAGCCUGCCCAUUAAUUUAGGGGCGGGGCUACGCGUGCCAGGCUUUCAGCCCUACCUGAACUUCUUGCGUGACUCUGUGUUCCUCCCCUUCCCCACCAGAGCAUAUCGCCAUCCAGCUGAGAAGUGGGAGGUUGCUGAUGCCGUCCUGGAGGUGUUCCACAAGCUGCUGCGGGACUACGAGCCCCAGCCGGCAGACUUUGUCCAGGAGAUGGUGGAGCUGCAGGGUGAGCAGGUCGCGGCCUACAAGCCCCCUGGCCACAGCAUCAUGUUCCACCUGCUCAACGACUCUCCCAUGCUGGCGCUCUGCCUCAGCCUGCUGGAGGAAGGUGUUCGCCAGCUGGACACCUAUGCAUCCUUUCCUGGUAAGAAGCACUUGGAGUCGGCAGUGCUGCGCUGCCUGUGCCUGCUGGACUUGGCUCUGCAGAAGGAGGUGAUGUUCAUGGACCUCCUCAGGGAGAGCCAGGCCUCCAUGCUGGUUUCCCCCUUGGAACAGCUCAUCCAGGGGGUCAGUCCUCAAACUCGGAGGGCAGAUCACAUCGUCAAUAUUGCCAGGUAUCUGUACCACAGCAGCUCCAACCCAGAGGCUGCCUUCCAGAGUGCCAAGAUCCUGCGUCGUAUCGCCAACUACCCCAACAUUCAGACUAGGCUGGUGGGAGAUUUCACACACGACCAGUCUGUGAGUGAGAAGCUUAUGGCAGGUUUUGUGGAGUGUCUGGACAACGAAGAGGCCGAGGAGGGAACAGAGAACGGAGAUGACUCAGAUCCACAAAAGAAGGUUGCAAGAAUCCGACAUGAAACCCAGAUCCAUAUGCUGAACCUGCUCAUCACCUCCUUGGAUCUAAGGACGCCAAAUCUGGCCCUGUAUCUUUUGGGCUAUGAAGUCAAGAAGCCUGUGUCCUCCACCAACCUCCAGGACCCAGGUGUGUUGGGAUGUCCGCGGAGCUGCCUGCACGCCAUCUUGAGUCUGCUGCAGAGAGGCACUGAGAAGAGAUCAGGACCUGUACUCACACAGCAGGCCCCACACCUGGCUGAGCUCUGCUACCAGGUGAUCUACCAGCUGUGUGCUUGCCCAGACACAUCAGGACCCACCAUGCGCUAUUUGAGGACCAGCCAGGACUUCCUGUUCUCUCACCUGCAGCACCUACCGUUCAUCCUGCCUAGCAAUCAGAUCGCUGCCCUCUCCCAGAUGUCUUGGCUCAUGAAAACGGCUGCCAUUGAGCUGAGAGUGACCUCACUGAACCGCCAGCGUUCACAUACACAACGCCUCGUCAGCCUCCUGUUGGAUGAUCAGCCACACACUCAACAUACAGCAGAUGGGGAAUCAGGAAUGGAAGAAGAAACCAGAUCAGUCAGCGGGUUCCUGCAUUUUGACACAGUCUCUAAAGUGCGCAGGAAGUUGCUGAGUGUGCUGGACGCCAUCGAUUUCAGUCAGGAUAUGCCUGAGCUGCUGCAGCUGGACUUCUUUGAGCGCACUCAGAUAGAGCAGGUGAUCUCCAACUGUGAGCACGUCAAUGAGCAAGGACACACCGUGUGCAACGUUAAGUUGCUACAUAGAGUGCUAGUCGCUGAGGUGAAUGCACUGCAGGGAAUGGCAGCCAUUGGACAGAGGCCCCUGUUAAUGGAGGAAGUGAACUCCAUCCUGCAGCAGGUGGUGGAACGCAAUCGCGUCCGUAGGAGUUUGAGUGCAAAGCGCCAUGCACUGCGGUCCUGGAGGAGCCUGGUAGAGACACUGCUGACCGCCUGCCCUGCUGAUCUCAUACCUGCUGAUGACAGGCAGCUUAUCAUCAGAGACCUGCUGCUAGAUCUGCAUGAUAAGGUGUUAUCUGAGGAUGCAGCAGGAGAACUGAUGCCCAUUGUUGCUGGGGCAGUCUUCACUCUGACAGCCCACCUCAGCCAAUCAGUCCUGUCUGAGCAACAGCAGGGGGCGGGAUUAGAAGCAUCCUCUGGCUUUGCCUCCAUCGCCAACUCCGCCCUGCACCUGAUUCUCCGCAAGCUGCUGGACUUCAUCCUUUGUACUGGAGGUGGAUACCAGCGUCUGCGUGCUCACUUGUACGGCUCCCUGCUGUACUACCUUCAAAUCGCCCAGAAACCUGAAGAACCAGACACUCUGCAGACAGCAGGGAAGGCGAUGUGGGAGCGUCUCACAGCUCCUGAAGAUGGUUUCUCCAAACUGCAGAGAGAGAACCUCGCUAUCAUUGAGAGCUAUGGCAAGGCUCUCAUGGAGGUGGUGUGUCGGGACGCCUGUGACGGCCAUGAAAUCAGCAGGAUGUUGGCUCUGGCGGUGCUGGACCGGAUCCUGUCCAUAGACCGCCAGAACCAGUGGCUGGUUUACGUCUGCAACAGUGGUUACCUGCGGUCGCUAGUGGAGAGCCUGAGACAGGAUGAUGUCGCCCUGCAGAGCCUGCUCACACCUCAGCCACCCCUCCUCAAACCACUUUACAUCUAUGAGAGCAAGAUGGCUCUGCUGACUCGUGUGGCUAAGACAGGUCAGGGAGCUGUGGAGCUGCUGCGCUGUGGGCUGGUGGCACAGCUGAUAGAGUGUCAGGUGUUUGACAUGGUACCUGACAGCGAUGCACACAGGGUGAUGAGGGACCCAUCAGGCUUCAUCCCCAGCCCUAUGGACCGCUACAGGCAGAUUCUCUUACCGACCUUGAGGCUCUUCCAGGUGAUCCUGACCUCUACCACCAUGAAUCACCAGCAGGGGGCAGCACAGGUUCUCCAGUGGCUGAUAGUGCAUGCCGACACCAUUCAGUCCCUGUUGCGCUGCCAGGAGCUCAGUAUGGGAGCUUUGCAGGAGCUCUCUUUGCUUACUGGCAUCAUUAGCAAGACGGCUCUGCCAGGUGUCCUUGAGACGGGCGGGGAGGUCAACAGUGCUGCUCUUAUGGAGUUCCAGGGUCACAUUACCAGAUUCCAGCGUCUCUGCCUGUCCCUGCUCGGCCGUCUGGCGGGGAGCGAGCGGGAGAGGUUGCUAAAGCAGGCUGAGGUUGCUGCACCCGGAGACUCAGCAGAAAGACGAGAGGAGAUGGAGGUGGCCAUGCAGCAGGUGUGUGCUAACAUCAUGGAGUACUGCCAAACCCUGCUGCUGCAGAGCUCAGCCCAGGCCCAAUUCAGCAUCUGCCUCUUCAGCCCGUCAGGCAGCGAGCCAGCUGGCAGGGACGGAGGACGCACAGAUCUCUCGUCCAUUCCGCCAUCAGUGGCUUACUCCCGGGCCCCCAGCCUGGGUCUGGUCCUGUACCUGCUGAAGAACAGCGCUGCAGAUUUCUUCCGCUUCCACCAGAGUCACAGACAAAGCUUGGGCAAGCUGCAGAGCCUGGAUCAGCUGCCUCCUGAGGAGCUGAAGGAGUUGUGCCAAGGCCUGGUGUCCGGCCCAGGAGGGGUGGAAAAAAUCUCAUCAGUUCAGAGGAGCUUGCUGGCCAAGAGACGACUGGUCCAGCUCAUCAACAACAGAGCCAAGCUGCUGGGCCUGUGCUCCUAUGUUAUCGAGACGUGUUUGUUUGUGUUGUGGCGCCACCUGGAGUACUACCUGUUGCAUUGUACUCCCACCGACCCCAAGGACUCCCUGAUGCCUGGAGCCAGUUUGUAUAGAUCUCGCCUCACAGACGACUCGUUCGGCGGGUUGCAGGCAAGUGGAGGUCGUGGCCUCGGGCUAUCCCGCGUCAGCCAGCAAGACCUAGACCUGCUGAAGAGCGACAUGGCCGCAGGUUUCGGAGAGGCGCUGCAGAGGAAGCUCCUAGAGGUGGAGGGCUUGUACAGCCAGGUCCGCUCCCGCUACACCUUCAUCCAGGCCCUGGUUCGCAGGAUCCGCGGCCUGCUCCGACAGCCCAAAAGCUGAGACACACACACACACACGAAUACAAAGACUGUCCAAGACCCAAAUUCAGUUUGAUAUGGACUCCAAACCAUCUGCCAAGCAACGCCAGAAAAACUACCAAGGAUUCCGACUGUCUGUCAAGUUUCUUUUUCUGGUAACAUCACUCCUUUUUACUGACCUGUUGCAGCUCCUCUCUUGAAUAUUGUGGGAUGUUAACACCAUCACAGCACGUGGUGUAUUCUGUGUGACAAAACCUAAUUAUGUUUGACUAGCGCUGUGCAAGGAGCGUUUCUCAAAGAGUAAAGUAACUUGCAGAACAACAUUUUUACUUGUUAAGAUAAUUUGAUAUUCUUUUGUUUGGUCUGAUUUAUCUCUUAUUCUUUCUUUUGUGAAAAUAAACAUUUUCUAAAUCUGUUAAA